UAUGAUCAUUAAAGGCUUUGAUUUAGAAAGUGCUUUUUAAGUAUUAUUCUUAAAUGAUAAGCAUAGGUGAUGGAUUUCCUAUAAAUUGACAGACCUAAUGUUUAUUAUUUGAGUAGCUUAAAAAGAUUAGACGAUCAAAUAAACUCUGUAUAAAAUUUAAAUAGAAGUUCUAUAAUUCUAAAAACAGAUCUGGAUUUAGAUUAAACUAUAUAAAAUUCAUUGCUUUAAUCUGAAAUUCUCAACUUUCCAAUAUUUAGUCAAAGAUUAAUUGAAACAUAAAGGUAUUAAUGUAAAUAAAUAAUUAUUAGAAAUUCAUAAAUUCUACCUUCUGAAUAUUAAGCAACAUCUGAAAUCUUCAAUCAAUAAUAAAUCAGCUUUAUAUCAUUUGGAUAGUAGGAUUUACAAAAUAUAAAUGAAGAGCCUUAAAUAAAUAAAAUUUAAUCUUCAAUAUUUGUGAACAAAAAAUAAUGA